GUCAAACGGAACAAAACAUGUGCAUGUGCCGGGGUGUGUAAUCGGAUCUUGGGAUGUUAUUUGUUCAAAAUGAUUUUUACCAUUAUUGAUGUUUGCUUCCCAUUCCGAUCUUGUAAUAGAUUAUCAGUAAAGCAUGGCAUGUUUCAAAUUUAAUGACAGCACAUGAACAAUAACUUUGUUUCUUCUCGUCGUAAAUUGUCUUGGCCGUUUACGACUCAGUCAGCUGAUCUUGCAUGUGUAAGCUGGCACCGUCAUCAUGCAGAACAGCUACAACGCCGUCAUAAAUGGGGGGGAUCUUGCAAUGAUGGAUUUUGACUUGACACAGCCUGAAGCUCCUGUACGGUGUCCUUUAUGCCAUGAAAUGUUUGUCGUAGUGCCAAGCAGCCAGCCUCUGCAGCAGCACUUGUUAACUCAACACCGUCUUAUCAUCGCCAAAAUCGACGAGAUUGCCGAUUUAAGACAGUACUUGAUGUACUGGGGCAAACUGGAAGGAGCUGAUUUAACUCAGUUUUGCUCUGCCAUCUUGACCAACUCGGAUCUACACCCGUCACAUGGCAAGCCCGAGCGCUACUACCUGCUCAGUGAACACCUGCCAGAAGACAAACGUCUCAGGGACAUGCUUAGGGAAAUCAAGUUGAGAGCUGUAACUCGCACCAAGGAACUGGAGCGAGCCGACACAACAUUUAGCCGCAAGUGUGUGUACUGCUACAAGAUAAUUGGUGGUGGCCUACAUGCUAUGUUUGACCACCUCACAAUUGGACAUAAUUUCUCCAUAGGACAGCCAGAUAAUAUUGUAUUUGGAGCUAAACUUCUUGAUGCCAUGGAAGCCAAGCUUCAAAAAUUGAUUUGCAUGUACUGUGAAAAACAAUUCACUGACGUUGAAGUUUUGAGGCUCCACAUGCGUAAAAAGGGUCACCGUACGCUCAACCCUGACAACAGAUUCUAUGAUCAGUUCUACCUCAUAAACUAUCUUCAGCCUGGGACUCCUUGGCAGGAAGUAAAGCAUCAGCAAGAUGAGGAGACUGCAUCUCAGACCUCCUUCACUGGAGACAGCCUUGCAGGAGGUGUCGGCGUGAGCCACAGCUUGGACGAGCAGUGGAGGGACUGGCGAGAGGAGGAGACCCAGUCUGCCACCUGCCUCUUCUGCUCCUACACCACCUGUAAGGUGUGUCAUACCACCUGCAAGGUGUGUCAUGCCUCUUCUGCUCCUACACCACCUGUAAGGUAUGUCAUACCACCUGCAAGGUGUGUCAUACCUCUUCUGCUUCUACACCACCUGCAAGGUGUGUCAUACCUCUUCUGCUCCUACACCACCUGCAAGAUGCUGCAAGGACAGUGCCCUUCGUGCAGCAAGAGCCCCGGCAGCCACGACGCCCUUCAGGAGCACCUGCGUGACUACGGUCACUGCAAGCUCCCCACCCCCGCCCUCUGGUGCUCAAAAAAGUUUCUGCAGCCGGUGCUGGAGGAGGAUGGUCUGCUCUGCCAUCUGGAUGACUGCCCUGAGACGGAGCUCUCUGAUCUGGAGCAUCGUGACGUGUCGUGUGACGUGUUCCCCGACGGUGACACCGACGCAGCCGCCCUGUUGUCGGCAGAGGUGCGUCGGUCGUCGGGCUUGGCUGUCACCUGCCUCUUCUGCCGCCACACCGCCCUCGGGGGCCCCGCCCUUGGCUGCAACGGAGUGCGGGAGCUUGUUGACCACAUGCACAACAUGCACAGCUUUGAUCUGUAUCAGAUGACGCUGGGCCUGAACUUCUACGACCAGAUUUGUCUGAUCAACUUCAUCAGGCGCCGCAGUGCUGAGGGUCGCUGCUACUACUGCAACGAGGGCUUCUCCGACCCUCGCUUGCUCGAGGAACAUAGAACCCUGCAGGACCACACCGGCGCCCCUGACCCUCAGCUGUACCGGCUACCAGAGUAUAUGAGCCCUGCGCUGGAGGACGACCCGCUCCUGCUGGGGUUGGACCAGCUCACCUGGAACACUGACUCCGACCUGGAAGACGAUGUCAUACCUUCACCCACCCCCCAAGAUGACAGCAGCUGCAUUGGCAAGAAGAAAUGUACGAAAAGCAACAAGAACAUCAAAAAGAAUAAAAGUAUCAAAAGUUCACGCACGUCACACAUGUUACCCGAUGUGGUCGCCCACAGCCACAGCCUUCUUGAAGACAUGAGCGCAGGUAUGCAGCUCGCCCUCACGCCAGACGCUGGUGCCUGCCAUGCUCCCCUCAGCCAGUCUAGUUCCCCUGCUGGAGAUGACGUGGGUUUUGAAGACGAAUAUUCCGUCCAUUAUGUUAAUGGCGAGAGCAGGGGCGGCAGAGUUGUUGUCGGUGACGCAACUUCCAGUGAAUUUGUUGAUUUGUCUGACAAUUCUUGUAAUUCUAUUAAGGAUGAUGAAAAUUCAUCUAAUUUGGUUAACGGUGUUAUGCUUCCCAGUAUUGUUUGUGGAAAUAACACGGUAGAAUUCGUUAACGGUAAAACUUCUAGUCACGAUCUCGGUCGCAAGUGCAAUUCUACAAUUGAAUUGGUCAACGAAGACAUUUCAUCAUAUUGCAAUAGUAACCGUACUUCCAGUAGCGAAGAAAAUGUUGCAUCUAGAGAAGAUUGUGUCACUAACUCGACGGAUGGAGACAGCGGCAUAACUUCAAGAUUUGGCUGCUCUGCUGAUGGCAACAGCAGUUUAUAUACACACAGCAUAAAAACUCCUGUGUGUCGAACCCUGAACGAUGUUCAAGUCCAAAAGUUCUAUGUCCCUCCGUCAGCCCGUCUCAGAAACAGUACAGUAGAAGAAACUGUGAGCAACAACUCGUUGAAAACUUCAGUUCAGAGGAGACCUCUAAUACAGGCAACUCCGGCUUUCACUCCAACCUCUUCUUGUAAUUCAAAUCCAACCACAUCCCUAGUUAUUCCAUCUAAGAGUUUCUACUCGAAAUCUUUCAGAAGGAAUGUUGGGAGCAAAGAACGUCUUGAACAGUCACAGAAUGCCAGGGAAAACAUUUGUGAUCAAGAUAAUAGAGCCUCGCAACAUUCAUCCAGGAAAGCAAACUUCUUGCCUCAUUUUAACUUUGUCGGCGAGGGGAAUAUCAGACCGAGUGAUUCUGAGCUGUCUUGGAGAAGACCUACUGGACAAAAUAUCAGAAAAUUCUGUAAUCAAACUAAUAAAUAACAAACUUCUACGAGCUGCUGGUACAGUAGACAAUUGUUUCUAUCUUAUUUCAUUAGAAUGCUCAUUGUUUUCUUCUUAAUUUAACGAAUUGUUAAUUUUGAGCUAAGGUUCAUUGUAAAACCUUGUUUCCGCGUUAUAUAUUUUUCACACAGACACCGAUUGUGUUCAGGUUACAAUCGCCUUUAUUUCAUCAUAUAUAUAUAAAUAAAAUUGACACAAAGUCACAAAUUGGUUAUGGGUCAUUUUAUGUACUGAUAGUGCAUGAUUUCUCCAACAAAAUAGUAUUGGAUACAUCAGCGAGCAGUUUACUCUCGAUCAAACGUGUUGCUCGGAACAUUCUGGGUUUAGUGUCGUAUUUGCGUCUCGCAAUUGCAAGUCUGUACGGCAGUUAUCAGUUUAGCUACGCUAAAAUUAUCUGAUGAACUGUAUUGAGUUUUAUGUUGUAUUUAUGUAUCACUUAAUCAUUCGUGCUGCGCUGCAUUUGUUCAGGAGUUAAGUUCAAAUGUUCAAGAAAAGGGCUCAGAAUUGAGUACCGGAAUAUA